AUGGGCCUGGAGAAACUGGGUCUCUUCUUCUCUACAUUAUUUGUGAUCUUGUUUUUGCCAUUUUCUUGUUUUGAGUACCACAUGGAGAACAGUACUUGUCACUUAGAAAGAGCUUACAGUCCCACCUACAAAAAAGAAGGGGACCUAGUCAUAGGGGGCUUCUUCUCCUUGUAUCAGAAGAUAGAGCUAACAUAUCACAAAGUUUUCUUCCAAGGUCCUCCCCUCUGGACUGCACCGCGUGUACAGGUACUGCGAAAAUAUUACCAACAUAUCCUCGCUUUCCAAUUUGCUGUAGAUGAGAUCAACAAGAACCCCCAUUUGCUGCCGAACAUAACCUUGGGUUACCAAUUGCUCAAUAACUUCCAUCAAGACAGACUAGCUGUGGAGAGCUCCUUGACAUGGCUGUCAGGGAUGGGUCCAACUAUCCCUAACUAUAGCUGUGGCACAGAGCCUAAUUCAGUGGCUGCCAUUGGAGGGAUGACAUCUAAAUUGUCCAUGACCAUGGCCACCAUUCUCAAACUUUAUAAAGUUCCACAGAUCACCUAUGGCCUAUUUGAUCUUCUCCUGACUGAUAAGGUCCAGUAUCCAUAUAUCUAUCAGAUGGGCAGAAGGGAAUUCACUCUUCACCUUGCAUUCAUCCAACUGAUGCUCCAUUUUGGCUGGACUUGGGUGGGACUGCUUCUUUCAGAUAAUGGGACAGGGGAAAAUUUCUUCAGUGAUCUGAAAGAAGAGAUGGACAGGAAUGGUCUGUGUGUGGCUUUUAAGGAGAGAGUGGUCCCAAAGUUUGACUCUUAUGAAUAUUACAAACUCUCUUCUAAGAUCUCUGCAUCAUCAUCAAAUGUGAUUUUCAUCUAUGGAGAUACAGACUCCCUUCAAGAACUUGCUAAUGCAUUCAUUGUUUAUGCAGUGUAUGGGAAGAUAUUUGUCUCCACCACUGCUUGGGAUAUUUCUUUUGAUACUGAUGUGCAACUGCUUACACAUUUUCAUGGUACAAUACUAUUUUCUCAUUCCCAGAUAGAGAUUCCUGGUUUCACAGAUUUUCUAAGAAGCCUGAAACCCAGUGUGAACUCUGAGGACAUUUUCCUAAAGACCUUCUUUGAGUCAGUCUUUAAUUGCAAAUUUUCAGGAAAAAAUCAUAUGGAAAUAUCAUAUACUAUGUGCCCAGAUGUUCUUCCCUUGAGAGAUGUACUUUUUAGAAAAUUUGACAAGAUCAUUAUGGAACUGAGUUUUAAUGUUUACAAAGCAGUAUAUUUAGUGGCCCAUGCUCUCCAUCAAAUGCUCCAGUCAGAGGCAAAGGAGAUGUCAGGACUUGGAAAUACCCCAGUUCUUUCUUGGAAGCUCCACCACUUCCUGAAGUGCAGAAGUACUGUCAAUAUUGCCAGGGAUGAGUCAUGUGGAGAUGGAGCCAGGAAGGCUGUUGAGACAUAUGAUAUCCUGAAUUAUAAAUACUUCAUUGAUUGGAAUGAGAUACUGGUGAAAGUGGGUGAAGUGACCCCUCAUGACCAGGGAUUCAGCAUUAAUGAAGAAGACAUAGAUUGGCCAGAAGAGUUCUCUCAGACUCCAACUUCCAUGUGCAGUCUGAGCUGUGGCCCUGGAUUCAAGAAGACAGUCCAUGAAAGUCAACCUGUUUGCUGCUUUGAUUGCACCCCAUGCCCUGAAGGGCAGAUUUCCAACCAAACAGAUGCAGAGCAGUGUCUGCCAUGCCUUGAAGAUCACUACCCGAGUAGAGAGAGAGACCAUUGCCUCCCUAAGACUGUGACCUUCCUGGCCUAUGAAGAACCUCUUGGUAUGACUCUGGCCUCUGCUGCUCUCUGCUCCUCCCUCCUCACUGCUCUGGUCCUUGGAGUCUUUGUGAAGCACAGAGAUACCCCCAUAGUCAAAGCCAAUAACCGCAGCCUCAGCUACACUCUUCUGGUCUCCCUCAUCCUUUGCUUUCUCUGCUCCUUGCUCUUCAUUGGCCAUCCUAACACCACCACUUGUCUCCUGAGACAAACCACAUUUGCAGUUGUGUUCACAGUGGCCCUUUCCUCCAUUUUAGCUAAAACCAUCACUGUGGUUCUAGCCUUCAAGACCACAAAGCCUGGGAGCAAACUCAGGAGGUGGCUGAGUUCCACAGCAUCUUAUUCUCUCAUUUUGAUGUGUGCUCUAAUCCAAAUGUGUCUCUGUGGCAUCUGGCUUGGGACCUAUCCCCCAUUCCUGGAGAUGGAUGUGCUUGCAGAGCCUGUCUUCAUUGUCGUUCAGUGUAAUGAGGGCUCCAUCAUUACCUUCUACUGUGUCCUGGGCUACAUGGCUUUGCUGGCCUUGGGGAGCUUCACCAUGGCUUUCUUGGCCAGGAAUCUGCCAGACACUUUCAAUGAAGCCAAGUUCCUGACCUUCAGCAUGCUUGUAUUCUGCAGUGUCUGGAUUUCCUUUCUGCCCACAUAUCAGAGCACCAAGGGCAAGGCCAUGGUGGCUGUGGAAGUCUUUUCCAUCUUGGCCUCCAGUGCUGGCCUUCUCACUUGCAUCUUUGCUCCCAAGUGCUAUGUAAUCCUUCUGAGGGCAGACAGAAAUACCCUGGAGAUACUGAAAAAGAAAGCAAAUCCCCGAGAAGCCAGAUCUUCUCAAGUUCUUCCUCAUCAAUCAUAG